AUUUGAAUCGCAAAGUCUUCAACGAGCACCCGGCCUUCAGACUCGCCUCCGAUGGCUGUCUCCGGGCGAUGGCCAUGUACUUCAGUAUGGAUCACAGCGCACCGGGAGAUCUGCUCUAUCACGUCGGAGAGUCCAUCGAUUCCUUGUGUUUCGUGAUCUCGGGUUCUCUCGAAGUCAUACAAGACGACGAAGUGGUGGCCAUAUUAGGAAAGGGAGACGUUUUCGGUGAUGCCUUCUGGAAGGAGCCCACUAUUGGCCAGUCGUGUGCCAAUGUGCGGGCCCUGACAUAUUGCGAUUUACACGCAAUUAAAAGGGAUAAACUCAUUGAAGUGCUUAACUUUUAUCAGGCGUUCGCCAAUUCAUUCGCCAGAAAUCUAGUUCUCACUUACAAUCUCAGACAU